AUGGUUAUCACCAAUCCUACAAAUGGAUUAAGCAGUUUACAACAACAACUUAUACAACAAAAUCAGACUAAUCAUCAGCAUCAGCCACAAAUUGGUAUUGGUACAGAUGAUCUACGCUAUGGCACAGAGCUCGUUAUGCUAUACGACUAUAAGGCACAAGCACCUGAUGAUUUAAGCGUGCGCCGCGGUGAUUGGAUAUAUGCGGACUUAAGUAAUCAAACUGUAGACGGUUGGUUAUGGGCAUAUGCACCGAAAAUAAGAAAAUAUGGCUUUAUACCUAAGGCUUAUGCACGUCCUCCAGCAAUGACAAGCCUUUAAAUAUUGCGCAGUCUUUUAGCGGGAUGUUGACUAAACUUCUUGAAUAUGUAUUGUGUUAUGCUCUUACAGUUACUCUUAAUACUUAAUUCGUAAUUAGAUUGUAUGUUGAUUAAAUUUAUGAAAACUCAAAUUUGAAGACAAAAAUUAG